UUACACGACGAUGGUAUUAUAAAUAUGAGAAUAGGGGAGAACGAACGUCUUUUCUUUCUCCGAAGCUUUGUUGGCGGCAAAGCAAAUCUGCGUUGCGAUGGCGCCUCCGAAGCUUUUCGUCUUUGCGCUUUUUGUAACCCUAAUUUUCUCCCUCGUUGGUGCCGAAGCCGAUGUUUCCAUCGAAGCACACGCUCAACAACCUGAUUCCUCCGCUAUCAAGAUCCAAUUAGAUCAACUCAACUCUAAGAUCCAAAUUCUUGAAUCUCAAAUCAGUGAAAAGUCCCAAGAAGUGAAGAAGAAGGACGAAUUAAUAGCAGAAAAGGAAAAAAUCAUUCAAGAGAGAUUGAGUACCGUUCAGUCCUUGCAGAAUGAGGUUGCUUCUCUCCAGAAAAAAGGGUCUUUGGAUGCCGAGGAGCAGGUUGUAAAGGCUCAUGCACAUGCUGGUGAACUACAAAAUCAGGUGGACAAGCUUAAAAGGGAACUAGAAACACAAAACAAAGAGAAAGUGAACUGGGAAACACGGACAGCCGAGUUAGAGAAAAAGAUUCAAGACUUGAACUUAAAAUUAGAGGAUAUUCAAAAGAUAAAUGAGGAACAGAAGAAAAAAAUUCGUAAAACUGAACGUGCUCUUAAAGUUGCUGAGGAAGAAAUGAUGAAGGCGAAGUUUGAGGCGACUUCCAAAGCAAGAGAGCUGACGGAGGCUCAUUCUGCUUGGCUUCCAUGUUGGCUUGAUGUACACUAUAGUCGUAGUAAGUCUUUUGUUGAGACUCAUUGGAAUAAACAUGGGAAACCUGCUUGGGAAGGGAUUACUCAGAAGGCCGUAGAGAAAACGGCACAAGCGGGGAAGUGGGCUGAACCUCAUGUGGAAACAAUUAAAACUAAAUUGAUCCCAGCUGUGAAAGAACAGUGGUCUACGGUGAAAACAAAUGCUGAACCUCACAUGCAAUUAUUGUCUACGAAGACUGUUGAAGUUUACGAGGCAUCCAAGAAUGCAAUUGCUCCCCACUUAAGCAAGGCCAAAGAAUUUGUAGAUCCUUAUUAUCAGGAAGCUAGAAAAUUUAGCAAGCCAUACAUUGAUCAGGUUGCUAUUGCAGCUAAACCACAUGUUGAUAAAGUACAAGUGGUUUUGAAGCCCUACACAAAGAAGGCUGUUCAUGCUUAUGGGAAGUUCUUGGAAUCAGCCACUACAUAUCAUGGCCAGGUCCAAGCUACUGUCCAGGAGACACUGAGAAAGCACGAGCUCACUAGGCCUCUUGCUAUUAAAGAGUUUGAAUGGUUUGUGGCGUCUGCCAUUUUGGCCUUACCUAUUAUUUUACUGGCUAGAACUUUUUCUGCCGUUUUCUGCAAAAAGGUGAAUAAACCUGUUCGAAAUGGAAACACCCACCAUGCUCGUCGAAAAGCUAAACGGGGGCAUCCAGACAAGUAGAUAACUUGAAGUUGGUUCCUGUUUUGUGUCUUUUGGGAGAGAAAUUUAGAUGGUUUUUCCUGUUCGCAUGGGUAUAUUGGAAGCUAUAUCUUUCCCUUCCUGUGGGGUUUGUAUAUUUUGCUUCUCUUUUUUGGGUGAGGUUACUUAAGGAUGUUUCACUGUAGGGUUGGGGGCACCAUAUGUUUAGGUAUUCAUGUAUUAUGGCUGUGUUAUAUUUGUUAUUAGACCUCGGACUCCCUCUUUUAUGUGGUUUUUUUUUUCCCUUUUAAAUUCUUGACAUAGUAAAAAUGUUUCCACUUCAUGUAUGUUUAUUAGAAUCAGAGCUAGUUCUGCCCAUUGCUGGUGUCUGUGGAACUACAAGUUAUAUUAUUAAAAGAAAUCAAUUCAUGGGUUAUUCUU